CAGAGAUCAGCAUUCUAUCGCAGAUCGAUAAUGUAAAUCAGUGAAAAAUAAAAAAUGAAAAAAAUCAAUGAUUGUACAGCAAAAACUGAUUCAUUAUUUACUUAACCUCUACGUUUGAAGCAACUAAAUUUCUCAUCGUUAUUUGUCAAAUUGUCAGACAACUAAUAAUUAUAACGAAUUUGUCAGCAAUGAAUUCACUGAGAGCCAAAAUUGUAGACAGGAAAACUUUUCGAAAUGUCGUGUUGCAGCUUCAGUCCCUCUCGACGACGUCUGCUGAAAUCUCGGAUGAGGUACAAAUUCCUGCCAGAAAAGAACGUGGACCAACCGAUAUACUACACGCUCUAGAGUCAACUCUUUCUCGUGAUCCAACUGCUCCUGACUACAAGUACAUUGACGAUCCGUACCUCAUCCCUUCAUCGCUAAGCAAAAAGAGAGUUUACUCUUUAGCCAAAGAAUCUGGUAAAAGAGCUGCAAAGUGGAUUCUUCAAGAACACGCUGAUCUUUUAAAGAGCAAACUUUCCGAACCUUUGGUUUACGCAUUCUUACCUCCAGACAAGUACGAAAAUAAGAGUCAAGUUUCAGAAGAGAUCUUGGUGAAAAUGAUAAAACUGGGAAAUGUUCCCAACACUCUUCAUGUAUACAACUUGUUGAAUGGAAAUGUCUCGCAAGAAACUAAGCAAGCCAUUUUAGAGCUACUGUGCUUUUACAAUAGUUCUGAAGAACAAAAAUCUUCAGAUUUUCCUGAGGAGGCUUCUUAUCAAGUAGAUGCUCCAAUAACCAAAAACACUUGGACCAAUAAUCCUGAAGUUGAAAAAUUAUUUGGAGAGCUGUGUCAGGAUGAAACAACUGCUCCUGGAGCUUACAACGCUUUGAUAUGUGGAACAUCCAAAUACUUGAAGGUUGAUAAAGCAUGGUCGCUAUACAAUGAAUGUGUACAAAAAAGAAUACCUCUUGCUACCAGUACCUAUAAUCAUGUAAUUACAUUAGUGCCCGUAUUGAAAGACAACAAUGAGGAUCGUAAAAUUUUAUUAACGAGCUUGCUUCAAGCUAUGACUAAAAAUGGAGUCAAACCAAAUAUUGGAACACUCAAUGCAGUUCUCAAAAGCCUAUCAACUUUUACUGUCCAGUUAAUGGCCAAGGAAUUUUCUCUGUCUCUGUUGGCAGAGUUUAAAUCCAUAAAUAUCAAUCCCAGUCUAGCAUCUUACUACUACCUAUUAUUAAUUUUCUGUCGUCCGACUGGCACUCCGAGCAAUAUUUUGCUUGAAAUAUUGGAUGAAUUGGAAAAAAGAGAAGAAUUAAAAAUUGAAGAUCCCAGUGAUACAUCAUUUUUCGUUAAUGCCAUGGAAGUUGCUUCAAAACACAUGUUUAAUUUAAAUGCCGGUGAUAGGUUACACAAAUUAUUAAUGACCAAAGAUAACUACAAACUUCUCGGUGGAAGGUUGAAUGAAAGUGUUUACUACCGUAAUUAUUUACAACUUCUUCUGCAAAGUGAAUCAAUUGAUCAAUUUAUGAAAGUUUAUAACUACCUGGUACCCCACGUAUAUAUUCCUGAGCCAGCUCUAAUGAGAGAUAUUCUUGAAAUGUUAGAAGUCAAUGAUAAAAACAAAGCCAUGGAACUCCUUCCUCAGUUUUCGUCCCAAGUCGUCAUGUUUGACAUGUUAGACAGACAUCAAAUAAUGAAAUUUUUAUUCAAGUUGAUGAAACAUGUUUGUUGUCCUCCCGAAGGAUCUCCAUUACAUGAACUGUAUGCACAAUCGGUAUGGACAUUCUGGACUUAUCAAAAAGAAGUAAGCCAAAAAAGAUUACAGCGAACUAUGUGGCCGGCAAAUGUUUAUGGAAGUGCAGCCGUUUUACUGGUUCGUGGAAACGAGUUUGAGAAAAUGCUCAACAUAUUAGAGUACUUGGUAAAAUCACAGGAUUCAGUAAUGGGAGCCAUAGAUCCAAAAGAUCUGCUAGAAAUUUUCACGGCGUGUAUUGAGAGAGGUCAUGUUCCUGGGGUAUUGGCAUGUGUAGAAUACGCCAACGACUUUGGACUAAUGGAUACUGGCUCAAUGUCCAGGGCAAUAAAAAAUAACAUACCCCUAAGUGAAUCUCAAGAGAAGCGGUUGAUAGAAUUGGUUGGUGAAGAAUUAUCAUCAGCGAAAGCUACACAAAGGACUUAGUAAUUUGAAAAAUAAGCAUAAACAAAAUACAUGUGCGAUAACUGAAGAUUAAAGCAGUUCCGAUUACAGGCGUAAACAACGAAACGAAGCAUUGCGCUCGAAUAGUGUUACAUAAGUAGGUCAAAAGCAAGCCUGGACUAUAUCCUCAUUUAACGAUCAAAUCGAAUUGAACGAUUACAUUCAGCCUUAGCUUGUUGUCAAGUCAUUUAUUUCAUUAAAUUGUUGUUUAUUAUUCAUCUCGUCACACUCUCCUGUACAUAUACGUAAACAUAAGCACAAUCGCUUGUUUCAACUGUAGAAAGAUUGCGUUUAAGACAAUAAAACGUUGUUUCUUACACAUAUCGAUAUAGAAUUGCGAUCUGAAAAUU